AUGGCACCUUCCGAGGCAGCAAAGAAUGCCCUAAACACCACUCUGGCGGCCAUGCAACUGCUCAUGAAGUGUUGCAUGAAGUUGAAGGAGGGUUAUCCAGAGAGUUUGACACUAUCAGAUGACAUCGCCAGGCGUGUGGCCAAAAAUCUAAGGAUCCAUGCUGGGGAUGCAACAUCAUUCUCCCUGCAGCUACUCUCCUGUGCUGCCGUGAUCUGGCAGUACUCCAAGGGCGGUACUUUUGAGUGCAUCCCCGACUGGACCUCUGUAUCUGACAAUGACCCAAGGAUCCAGAGCCACCCAAGGUUUGACAAGACCAUGGGCUACCACAGUCCCUCUGAGAUUGAGGUUUCUACCUCUUUUGAACCCGUAAAUUUACCUGUGUCUGCUGUCCUCUCCCAAACAGACACUUUGAUGCUGCCGUCCACGGUCUUGGCGGUCUUGCUGACUGCAUCCAUCGCAGAUGGAGAUCCAAUCACCUCACCGGACACUCCACCCAGACCAACAUCUCCGCCACCCAAGCCUGCAGAUCCAAAAUCAUCUGCUGACACUUCAGCACCUCCUGCAACUCCCUUCAAACACAAUCUCUUUGUGGCUGGCACUCAGAAGAAAUCUGCAAAGGUCAUGCUACAGGUCAGCAAAAGUAAGAAGAGAAAAGUGGCAGAUGAUGACACUGACAAGGCAGUUACUGACACACCUGAGUUGCCUCCCUGGUCCUUGAAACUGAGGCAACAAAGGAAGAAGAAGUUCCGAUCAGAUGAAGACCAAGACAAAGCUCCCACCGGAACGGUAUAUGCGAUCCCAAAGGUAUCGCUGCCUGUCGCUGCUAAGAAGGAUGCUGACUCGGCAGUUCUGGACACUUCUGAUGUGCCUGAUGACACAGGUUUCCAGGAUGCAGACACCAGGCCUGCCCUAUGGGUCCAGGAUUCCCAUAUCACUACCCCGUUGCAGGCAAGUCAUUCUGUAUAUGUGUCACAACCCCUUAAACGAAUUAACGCAGGGCAGAGACUAGGACUCAAACAACAAGAUAAUCACAAAGAGGAUAAGGCAGCAGGUACGUCUUGGAUUGCUCACUUGGAGAUACAAGAGGUUUGA